CGGCAGAGCGUGAACCCCGUCUUCCAUGCGCUGACCCUGUAGCUCUUGCUGCUGAGCCCGUCUCACCCUGUUGUUGCUCCCAGCCUUGGGGCUUUUUGCUGUCUGUGCUCCCACAGCUGAUGAUGCCACGUCUGGGUAGGACCCGACCGCCUGGAAAUACACGUUUGGCUCCGGAUGCGCGGCAGGCAGGGUGUCGUGUUUCCCUCCGGUAGCCUGCACAGGGAGUUUAUGUUGGAAAAAGUGCUGGAGAGAGGUUUGAUGAGAUCUCAUCAGUGUUUAACCCCUUGCUGGGUCUGGCUUUGGAGCUGUUAAAUAUUACAGCGUGUGACCCACACGCUGACACUUUCAGUUUUCCAACCCUCAUCCCUUCUUCCUGGCUUUCACCUCAUCCUGAUUUUUUCUGUUUCCCCAUCUCCAAGGGCCUGGAUGGACCUUGCCCGUCACACCAACCAGUGGGUGCCAGAUCUUGUAGGCUGGACUUUCCUCGUCUUGAGUGCAACUUCCAGCCCGCUUGUGGGGAUGGAGGGAGGGAGGAGGACGCUCAGGAACCCCUGAGUGGAGCAGGGAGCAUCUGGUGGGGACCGUGAGAGCAGAGGGAGAUCUCUAAGUCCCCUUGGGGUUUGCUUCGAGAAAUGUGCCCGCAAAAAGGCUGCAGCUGCAAAGGGAGCUUGCAGAGGUCUCUGGGACCGGCGUGCAUCUGUUUUCAGUGUGCGUGUUGCUGUUGGGCAGAAUUGCUUUCUCUCAGGGUGAAAUUUCGGGGCAGGACCAGCACUGGCAUGUGCAAAAUGUCCCCAGCUGGGGUUGCUUUUCAGGGUGGCAUUCAGAGCCACGAGACGUGUAGGCUCAAGGUGUCCAGCUCUGGUUGGGUGCAGGGCAUGUGCUGGCUCUCAGGGUGCCCUGAGCACGUUUCUCCCCUGUUUUCCCCCAAUCCUCAGCAGCAGGAAUUGUGUGGCUUCUCGGAAAGGUGCCAGGUGGCACCUUAGAGCAGCGCUUUGGGGACGGCAGGGAUAUUUUGCUCCCGUUCCCUUUGCACCCUCAGCAGCUCUCAGGGUUGCUCAGGUGCUCCCGCUGCUCCCUCCUCACCUGGCUGAAUUUAUGGCUGCUCCAGAGAGAGAAGCAAGCACUUCCAGCCUUCACCACGGGGGCAAAACACUGCUGCGGGGGCAGGAGGAGGAGGAGGGAUGCAGCUGCCCCCGCGCUGUGUUUGCAGACGAGGUGUGGCUGCUGUGAUGCAAACUGGUCGCGCAGCUUCACCACGCUCUGCCCUCCCUUCUCCCCGUGCCGGAUGCGUCCCGGAUACAUCCAGCAGCAGGCAAGGUGACGAGGGGCAUCCCGACCCCGUCCCAGCCCUGCAGCCAGCGGGGUGAGGCUGGGUGAGUCAGGCGAGAGCCUUGCUCGCUCGCUUGUGCUCUUUGGGAAGCAGCCAGGAUGGGCGCAGGAGACAGCAGCAGGCUGCUGGGCAGCCCGCGGCCAGGCUACGGGACGCUGCAGCAAGACGCCGACAAAUCCUGCAUGGAGGUCACCGGCUACCAGACCAAGCCGUGGAGGGUGGCCCUGUGCCACGCGUGCUCCGUGCUGACGGCGGGGCUCCUGCUGCUGCUCUUCCACUGGAAACCCAGCCUGGAGGUGCGGGUGAAGUGCGAGCCCUGCGCCUUGGGCCAGGCAGACUGGGUCAUCAUCAGGGAUCGCUUCGGGCAGUGCUUCACCACGCGUGUGCGGACGGAGGUGCUGGGCGAAGGCAGCCUGGAGCAUCACCUGGGAGCCAGGCUGGAGGACCGGAGAACCAGCAUUGCCAUCGGCGUGGCGGAUGAGGAGGAGAGCCGGGACACCAUCCGGCUCCAUCAGAAGGAAGAGAACGUCUUGCGCUACUACCUCUUCGAGGGCUUGCGUUACGUCUGGAUCGAAAGGUGGCAGGCGUACUGCAAAGUCAGCGUCCUGGAUGAAGGCUGGACCUGUGCGGAUCUCCACCUCUCCCAGGCAGGGCUCGACCAGCAAGACCACAACACCAGAAGGAAGAUCUACGGACCAAACCUCAUCGAGGUGCCGGUCAAGUCCUAUGCGAGGCUCUUGGUGGAGGAGGUACUCAACCCCUUCUACAUCUUCCAAGUGUUCAGCAUCGUGCUGUGGGUCUGCGACGCCUACUACUACUACGCUGCCUGCAUCUUCCUCAUCUCCACCAUCUCCCUGGGGCUGUCCCUCUACGAGACGAGGAAGCAAAGCACCACGCUGCAGAACAUGGCCAAGAUGUCAGUCGGCGUCCGAGUCCGCCGCCCUGACGGAGAGGAGGCAGUGGUGAGCUCCGCAGACCUGGUGCCAGGCGAUUGCAUCAGCCUCCCCUUGGAUGGGAUGCUGGUGCCCUGCGACGCCGCGCUGCUGACGGGCGAGUGCAUGGUCAACGAGAGCAUGCUGACGGGGGAGAGCGUGCCAGUGAUGAAAACGCCUCUCCCGGCCUGCGGCGAGGCCUCCGCGCUGUCUACUCUCCCGAGGAACACCGGCGGCACACGCUGUUCUGCGGGACGCAGGUCAUCCAAGCCAAGUCCUACGUGGGCAAGGAGGUGCUGGCCGUGGUCACCCGCACAGCCCGUCAGCUUCAAGUUCUACAAGGACUCUGUGAAGUUUGUCCUGUUCCUCGCCGUCCUGGCUUUUAUCGGCACGCUGUACAGCAUCCUCAUCUUGGUUAAAAACCAGGUUCCUGUGGGGCAAAUCAUCAUCCGUGCCCUCGACCUCGUCACCGUCAUCGUGCCGCCGGCUCUCCCGGCUGCUAUGACCGUGGGCACCAUCUACGCCCAGAACAGGCUGAAGAAACAGGGCAUCUUCUGCAUCAGCCCUCCCCGCAUCAACCUGUGCGGCAAGAUCCGCCUGGUUUGCUUCGACAAGACCGGGACGCUCACGGAGGAAGGGCUGGAUGUCUGGGGAGUGGUCCCGCUGGAGGACCACCGCUUCAUGCCUAUUGCCGACGAGCCACGCCACCUGCCUGCUGGCCCCCUGCUCUAUGCCCUGGCCGCCUGCCACACCGUCUCGCUGCUGCGGGCGCAGCCCAUCGGGGACCCCGUGGACCUCAAGAUGAUGGAGUCCACCGGCUGGCGCCUGGAGAUGAUGGAGGAGGAUGACGGCGAGCUGCCCAGCUUCCAGCAGUUUGGGACGAAGGUCCUGGCCGUGAUGAGGCCUCCACCUGAGGCAGAACAGCCGCCAGGCAGGAAGCACCAGUCACCCGUGGGGAUCCUCCGGCGCUUCCCCUUCUCCUCCUCCCUGCAGAGGACAAGCGUCCUGGCAAAGCUGCCUGGUGAGGAUGCUGCCCAAGCCUACGUCAAGGGGGCACCAGAGAUGGUGGCCAGCCUGUGCAGGAAGGAAACAGUGCCCGCAGAUUUCUCCCAGAUGCUGCGGUUCUACACCACGGACGGUUUCCGCGUCCUGGCUCUGGCUUACAAACCUCUGAGCACGGUGACGACCUUCGAGGAGGCCCUGCAGCUGACAAGGGACUCUGCAGAGAGCAGCCUGACCUUCCUUGGGCUCCUCGUCAUGAAAAACGUCCUCAAGCCAGAGUCCAAGCCCGUGAUUCGCCUCCUGAGGAACGCCAACAUCCGCCCUGUCAUGGUGACAGGAGACAACAUGCUGACAGCCGUGAACGUCGCCAGGAGCUGCCGCAUGGUGGAGCCCAAGGAGCAGGUCCUCUUCGUGAGCGCCUGCCCGCCCAGCCACGACAAACCUGCUGCCCUAAAAUUCAUCCCCGCGGAGCUCUCACAGGGCGAGGAGCAGCCGGAGGAGGGUCUGUACCAGCAGGAUGGGUGCCUCCCGCAGCCCUGCCACCUGGCACUGAACGGCAAGUCCUUCGCUGUGGUUCGCGAGCACUUCCCUGAGCUGCUGCCCAAGAUUCUCAUCCGAGCAACCGUUUUUGCCCGCAUGUCGCCCGACCAGAAGACUCAGCUGGUGUGCAGCCUGCAGGAGCUCAACUACUGCGUGGGGAUGUGUGGGGAUGGGGCCAACGACUGCGGGGCGCUGAAGGCGGCUGAUGUGGGCAUCUCGCUCUCGGAGGCAGAGGCAUCCGUGGCAUCGCCGUUCACCUCCCGCCUUGCCAACAUCGAGUGUGUGCCCACGGUCAUCCGGGAGGGCAGGUGCUCGCUGGUCACCUCCUUCGGGGUGUUUAAGUACAUGGCCCUGUACAGCCUGGUGCAGUUCGUGUCUGUGCUGCUGCUCUACACGAUUAACACCAACCUGAGCGACUUCCAGUUCCUCUUCUUCGACCUGAUCAUCACCACCACCGUGGCGGUGCUGAUGGGUCGCACGGGUCCCGCCAAAGAGCUGCGAGCGGAGCGUCCCCAUGGGGCGCUGAUCAGCAUCCUCGUGCUGGGCAGCCUGCUCCUCCAGACGGCUCUGCUCAUCACCGUGCAAGUCCUCAGCUACUUCAUCACCGUCUCGCAGAGCUGGUAUGUGCCACUGAACAGCACGGUGACGGCUCCCCAGAACCUGCCCAACUAUGAGAACACGGUCAUCUUCUGCGUCACGGGCUUCCAGUACCUCAUCCUGGCAGUUGCCAUGUCCAAGGGGUACCCGUUUCGGGAGCCACUCUACACCAAUGUGCUCUUCCUGGUGGUCCUCGUCAUCCUCUUUGGCCUCAUGAUAUGGCUGACCGUGUAUCCGCUGGGCUUCCCCAAAACCCUGCUGAAGCUGCAGGGCAUCGACGACUUGAAUUUCAAGCUGCUGCUGCUGGGAAUCGCCACACUCAACUUCUUCGCCGCCUUCGUGCUGGAGACCGCCCUGGACCACGGCAUGCUCAGCUGCUUGCGCAAGCUGCGCAGGAAGAAAGCGUCCAAAAAGCUUUUCAAGAGGCUGGAGAAGGAGCUGAGCCAGCAGCAGCCAUCUUGGCCACCCCUUAACGAACCGCUCUUCGCUACUCCCAGGCUGUCCAUCGCCGUCAGAUAGCAGGCACCGAGCCUCCCUCCUCCCUGCUCUGUGGGCAGGUGCUGCCUGCCAGUGCUCGGCUGCCACCGUGUAUUUAUUUGGCCUGGUAGCAAGGCCAGCCACGAGCAUCUGUGCCUGGCUCCAGCGUGACCCGGAGGCGUCCGUCCCAGGCAAGGGAUGCAGCAGGCGGCUGAAGAUGGGCAGCACGGCUCCUCUUCCCCACAGGGAGACCCUCAGCAUCUCAGCUGUGAAGCCACGCGCUGCAGAAAGGUUGUGGCCAGUCUUGCAGCCGCGUCCCUCUGAGCCCUGGCCGAGAUGGGGCGGUGGGAGAUGCUGGAGGAGCACAGUGGGGAGUUUUGCACGGGGACGCUGCCUCCCUUCUCCCCCCGAGCCCCAUGCCCUCCUGGCUGGUCAAAGCCACGAAGUCAGGGGUCCCCUCUCCUGCUGGCGGUGGUGGCACCCACACUGGCCUCAGGGCUCUGCUCACUGUGAAGAACCCGCUUCCUCCUCCCCCUGGGCUGCCCUGGAUGUGUAGGAACUGUUUACAAACUGCCCCAGCUUUGCAAAGGAUGCGUCUUGAGCCAGCCAUCAGCCGCUGUGUCCCACUGGGGGGCUCGGAGUGUUUCAUGCAGAGCUGAAGCAGGUUUUGCCCUUCGGUUCACCAGAGCAGUUGGAAGGGCAGCAUCCCCUGCCCCGAGCUGCAGGAGAUUUUGGGAUCCCGCAAAGUCCCUCCGAGCCCUCUUCACAUGAACACAGUGGCGAUGCUUCUGCAGAGCGCUCCCGCCGUCGGCUCUGUCAGGCAGGAGCUUUGUAGCAUUAAAAACCCCGAAUAUCUAUUUUUUAACUCCAUUCCAGUGCAUAGAGGUGUAAGUGCAGUUGGGAGAAUGGCGUGCCACUUCUGGUUUUCAUAUGGUGCUGUUGUGAGUGUGUCUAAUAAAUUAACACUAUUUUCUUGA